CUAAUUUAAUCGUAACACCAAACAGCUUGUCGGACAGUGGGCGCGUGAUGGAAUCUGGCCGUUCGCAGACAGAAAAUAAUCACACAGACAUGGAGACAGAGAAGAGCUCUGACCAGGAGAACGGUCAGACAUGUGACACUGAAGAGAACAUCACCAGCACUAAUGAAAACACGGAUGAACUUUUUAAGAAACCGGCGAUUUUUGCAGCCCCAUCUCUGUCGGUGAAAAAAUCAGGAGCGAACUCAGUCAGUAAACCCACAGAAGAAUCAAACAGCAGCAUCUCAGAGAAUAAAGACAAAAAUCAUGGUCCAAAACAUCUUCAGUCACCUACACGGCCCACAGACCCAAAACCAGACCCAUCAGAUGUUAAAGAUCAUCUACCAGCCAUGACAUCGGAGGCAUCACAGAAGAUCCAGCCCAAACCAAAAGACAACAGACCGAAGGUCCCUGCCAAACUACCACCGGCUGGUAAAUUUCCACCCCUUCCGUACACUGAACCCCCUUGGGGGUCUGUUCCUGACAUAUCUUACUCAUUUGAGCUGCUGAAAAACGGGUCGAUCCUGGACGCGGUCCCGUUGACUCAGAGGAGUUAUUUUGUGGUGGGUCGUCUGCCGGUUUGUGAUGUAUCUCUGGAACAUCCGUCCAUCUCCCGCUAUCACGCUGUAGUGCAGUACCGAGGCAAAGCGGGACAGGACGAGGUCUUGGGAGAGGAGAGAGGGUUUUAUGUCUAUGAUUUGGGCAGCACUCAUGGGACUUUCGUGAAUAAGAACAAGAUUCCACCCAAAACAUAUAUAAGGGUCCGUGUGGGACAUGUAAUCAAGUUUGGGGGCAGCACAAGACUCUUUAUUCUGCAGGGUCCAGAGUUUGAUGAAGAGGCAGAGUCUGAACUGACGGUGACAGAGCUCAGAGAACGGGCCAGGAAACAGAGAGAAGAGCUGGAGAAGAGAAUGAUGGGUGAUGGCUCAGACGAGGAAGAGGAGAAGGAGGAGAGGGAAGCCAAUGCUUUAGGAAGAAGUUCAUCAGAAGAUACUGGCUGCUCGUGGGGAAUGGUUGAAGAGGCAGUGCCUGAAGAGGAUGAGAAUGAGGAAAAUCCAUUUGCCAUGGAGUUUCAUGAGGAUCAGGAAGCAGCUUACCUCAAAGAUCCUAAAAAGGCCCUGCAGGGCUUCUAUGACAGAGAAGGGGAAGAACUCGAGUUUGAAUAUGAAGACAAAGGCCAUGGCACCUGGCUCUGCAGAAUCAAGUUGCCGGUGGAUGAUGCUGUGGGCAGGCAGCUGGUGGCUGAAGUGACCCACUCAGGGAAAAAGAAGGAAGCGGCUGUCCAGUGCUGUUUAGAGGCCUGUCGCAUCCUGGAGGCCCGUGGUGUUCUCAGACAGGAGGCAGUAUCCCGCAAGCGCAAGAAGAAGAACUGGGGGGAUGAAGAUUUUUAUGACAGUGAUGACGACACGUUCCUGGACAGGACAGGUGCAGUUGAAAAGAAGAGGAUGGAACGCAUGAAGAAGGCCAGAAAGAUUCAGGAGCGUCCUGAUACCUAUGAAUCACUGCUGGCUAAACUUGCUGAGGUUGAAAAAGAGCUGGCUGACACUGAAAAGAAGCUCAAUUCUUCUGGAAAAGGACACACCAGCUCAUCUUCAGAGGACCCUCUGGAUGCCUUCAUGAGUGCUGUACAGGGCGAUACGGCUCUGGAUGGAGUGGAAAGAAAAAAGCUCCGCUUACAUGUGGCCGACCUGAAGAAGGAGGGUGAGCGACUGCGUAAACUAGUGGAGCUGACCAAACCUACCCAGCUGCCCUCACUGCAGCCCAGUGGAUCUAGUAGUCAGUCCACAGAGACGGAGAAACCAAAGAAGUUAUCUCUGCCUAUGUUUGGAGCCAUGAAAGGAGGCAGUAAACUCAAACUGAAGACUGGAACUAUAGGCAAUUUGCCCCCAAAGCGAGCCAUUCUUCCAAGUGAGCUCUUUAACAUGAAGGAGCUUCCCCCUGAGGAAGAAGAGGAGGAUGAAAAUACAGAAGACGCAGUCACAGAUGGUGAUAUGGAGGUUAUUCAGUCUGCAGAGAUGGGAAGUCCUGAACACUUCAAUGCUGACUAUAACAGACUUGAAAGCCAUUUAAACCGGGCUAACGAGAGGGGAGACCAUGUGGACCAGCCUGCUAAAAUAGUGACAUUUCAUGGAAAACAGAAAUCUAAGUCUUCCAAUUUUCAAGACAAAAGUGCCUCUCCUCCAAAAGAGGGAGACAGUGGUGUCUCAAAUGUCCAGAGUCCAAAGACAAGUAUGAAGAAGAAAGUUAUUGGACCAAGCAGGCCUCCUACGACCAUGUCCAAGCAGUACCCUGAAGAUGACCCUGACUACUGCGUCUGGGUUCCUCCAGCAGGUCAGACUGGGGAUGGUUGGACACAUCUGAACGAAAAGUACGGAUACUGAAAAAAGAAAGGAAAGACCAUCCUCACUAAAAAGGAAUCAGCUCAAUUCUUCAUCUUAACCUUGAGAGAAAUUUGAUAAAAAAAAAAAAAUAAAUAAAUAUACAUAUAUAUACAUACAUGCAUACAUACAUACACAUAUAUAUAUAUAUAUAU